AACACCUGAACAUCCAAACAUCUGCAUAUGAAGUGAUUGCUGAAGAGCCACUGGGGUCAUACACCACAACAGUUCUGCAUCAAGCUAUCAUCACCGUCUCUGAUCUGAUCACUUUGAAGCCCCCACUGGACUCAGCCAUCAAAUCUGACUUAGUGUGCAAAAGUGUUGAGAAGGUCUUCUCUCUGCCCUCCUUGAAGAUGACAAAGCUAAAAGCUGGCAGCCCGGCGCAACCGUCCCAAACACAGGACUUCUAUCAACAGACGGUCAAUGCCUUCAACAGCAUGCUCACUAGCUUACUGUCGGAGACACCCAAUAUUGAAUCGCUACAGGAUAUAUUGAUACACACGAAUGGCUGGAUUGAAUCCCAAAAAAACUACGAGCGGGAAAGGGCUGUUAGGAGCACCAACUACAUAUUGAAGUUUGUCUCUGAACAUCUGGAUUUCAAUAUAACCCAGGAGUUUUCCCUGCUUGGACACCUGGUGGCGCUUCUGGCCCUUCACAUUGCUGACAGAGUGAAGGACAUUGGCUUACAGGCGGCAGAGGCCACGUACUAUCUCCAUUACAUCGUCAUGGGCAAACUGGCUAGGGAGAUGGAGAAUAAACACAAGAAUAAGAAAGGGAACGUUGUGAAAUGGUUCAGAGAAGAUUUUUUCGUUUCUGGCCCCUCUGUCUUCUUCAACAAUAUUACAAAAGUUGCAAAGGCUUUUGGAGAACACCUGUCCCCCAGCCAGAUCUCUGAACUUGCACUCAGAGCAAUAGAUAAUCUCACACAUGAAGACAAUGCCAUCUCUCAGGGGGCAGGUUUGCUGCUGAGCUCCUUCCUGCAGGAAUGUGGAACAGACAUGGAGGAUCUGCCCAUGAUUGUAAAGGAAAUUUACAAGCAUCUUCCCGACAUCACUGACUAUGUCACCAAAGAGGAGGCCCUGAAAGCUUUGCGCAACUUAGCUUCAAAACGUCUGAUUGGAGUAGUAGACAUCCUUCUUGAAUGCUCGCUGGACUGUGAUAACCAUGUAGAAGAGAUGUGGAAAGCCCUGGCCUGUGACCCAUAUUCGAACAUGAGGCUUAUAAGACCAUUGCUGAAGAGGCUGCAAGAUGAAGACCCUCUUUCAGAAGUCUGCAACAGGCGUCACAGCAAGUCUCUCAUGCCUAUUGCGGCUACCAAUGCUUUGUGUGUCAUCCUGUCCUUGCCUGAGUCUGCGGAUGCAAUCCAGGGCAGAUUUUCCCAACUGCUCAUUGCUCUGGUCACUCAAAUCUAUUUUGUCAUUGGAGCAGGGAGGAGAGGAUCCAGAAGGCUAAGUAAUGCUGAGUCCCCUGUCACCCCACUGAGCUCUGCCAUCGAGGCUCUGAAGAACCUGAUUGCGUGUGCUGGCUAUAUAAAAGAGUACAACAUUCUGGGACUGCAAGGCUGUUGGGACAUGCUGGCAACUCCAGACAAUUUCUUUGAAGGUGUUUUUUACCUAAUAAGAACUUUGUUUGCAUUUAAUAAAAUGCACCUCAAACUGACUUUCAAACAGGCCAACACAUACUUGCGCCGUCCUGACAUUAAGGAGAAGACGAUUGGGAUGGCUUUCUUCACAGAGAUUCUUUUCCACGUAGAGAUAGGCCUGUUGUUUGUGAAGCAAGACAUCCUGGAUGUCCUCCGAGAGUGGAUGGUGCAGGCCUGUCCGCUCAUGCAGGUCUUCAGUAUCCGAGGGCUGGGGUACUUUCUGCAACAUUCCUUCGAGGAUGAGGUUUUAGAGCCCUUCCUUGCCCCCCUGCUGACCUGCGCCUUAGAUGCAGACAGGAAUAUUGCCAAGGAGUCUAUUAAGACCCUCCAAAAUAUGUUCCGCCACUUGGACACGGAGGAUUUUGCACCCCUGGGGAUGACCCUCAUCCCUCACCUCCUGCGGUACUUUAAUGAUAAUGACAAUGAACUGCGAAGUUCCUCCAUUGGCCUUUUUGGGAUGUUAUUGAAGGGGAUUAAAGAUGGCACCAAACAAAGCCUGAAGGAGGAAGUUUUAAAAGCGUUGGUUCCCCUCUUAAUUCAGCUGAUGGACCCUUGGAGCAAAGAUGCCUCUCGGGAUGCAUUGCUCACCUGUAUCAGAUACAUGAACUGGGGAGAUGUGCCCAAAGAGGCCGCAGAGAUCGAUCCCAGUGUCAGCCACUUCUAUACAUAUGGAAACAUCUGCAAGUACCUUAUGCAUAAAAACAGACAGAUGUUGCCAGAAAUGGCAGCCCAGAUAGUUGGAUAUCUGAAGAGCAGGUUCACUUCCCACCGACAGGCAGCAGCCAUCUUGAUAGGCUGCAACGCAGAGUACAUGAAGACUGAUUUUUCCACAAAAGAAAUUGAAGACAUUUAUAUAGCUCUCCGAGAGCUCCAGGCAGACCGUGAACCUUCUGUGGCCAAGACUGCCGUUGCGGCCGCAGAGGAAUUCCUGAGACACUGCGGGCAUCGGGUCCAUCCUAAUAUCAUCUCCAAAGCAUCCGUCCGGAGAAGCAGUGUGGGGAGUGAUACCAGGAAGUGAAAGGGCCUUGGAGAAGGCUGGAAGAAAGAAUGCUUAUUGCGGAGA